ACUUUUCCCAAGAAUUGGCCAAAAAAGUGUAAAAUAAUUUGAUUUUCGUUAUUAUUUUCUAUAUUUAAUAAGUAUUUGGGUACUUUGAGCAAGUGAAAAUGUCUUCAACACGAUCAUAUGCAGAACCUCGUUGGUUCUACUGUCACCAGUGCACGCAUCGAUGGCUGAAAUCCCAUAAUUCAAUAUUCGAAUGUCCACGAUGUCGUCAGGGAUUUAUUGAGGAAGUAACUGAUGAGUUUAAUCCAAAUAUUCCAUUUUUUCCGUCUCCUCCCUCACCUUUACGAUAUAUUUUGUAUGAUGCUGCCUUUAACGAAUCAAAUGAUGAAGAUCUGAGAAGUAGAAAUCGAGCUCGCCGUAAUCGAACUGAUCGGAAUGAGCAAGCUAAUAGUCGUCAGCCAUCGACAUCUCGUAGUCGAUCACCACACAUUUCAAAUAUAGUCAUUGGUGGAAAUCGUGAAGGCAGUCGAACUGAUCAGAAUUUUAGGAUUAUAUUUAAUACAAGGCAAGGUGAAGCAAAUCGGUUCCUUUCAGUAGCUAUAGAUGACAUAAUGAAUUCACUGUUUACAUCAGAACGUCAACCCGCAAUGACAGAUGAGCAAUUGAAUGAGAUUCCAGUAGCAACAAUUACAGCAGAACAAGUUGAAGCUCAAUUACAGUGCGCAAUCUGUUUUGAAGAUUUUCAAGUUAAUGAAAAUGAGGUCCGCAAGUUGCUAUGUAAUCAUUUUUUCCAUGAAAAAUGCAUUUUCCCAUGGCUUCGUAACAAUGCAUCAUGUCCUGUUUGUCGUACUAGCUUAGCUAGUGAAAAUGACUCUGACGAGGAAGUUGCAAAUUUCGUCCAAUUUAUCACAAAUAGUCGCCGUGCCAGAAUGAAUCAAAAUAAUGUAGACAAUGAGCCUGGACCAUCAACAUCGCAAGGUGGUAGAUCUGUUCCUCAAGCAUCAACGUCAGCAAACGUAAAUGUGGUACCGAGAAAUCCAGCAUCACAGUUAUCACGGAUUCCACGCAUUUCUCGACGAGUAAACAAUUCACAAAUUAGUCCAACCGCAACAACUCGCAUUCGCUCACGAAAUUUACAGCUUAAUCAAAAUGAACCAGCUCCACAUUUACGUCAACAAAAUAUGACAAUACGCGGUGAUAUUAGUAGUCGAGUAAAUGCGCCAAUAUCAAGUCGCACACGUAGUCAGCACAAUUCAAAUUUAUUAGAACCACAUAAUCCACAAAAUUCACGAGAAUUACGUGGAGGACAGAGAAAUGGAAUUUCUAGAAUUAGACUUAUACACCCACGUCCUUUACGUUCAGCACUGACUCAUUCAGACAAUAAUCAUGAUCAACCUCAACAGUCACUUUCAAGAAGACGACGAAUACCUUUAUAUUCACCACCACCACCUCCAGUUCGAAGAAUUCAAAGUUCCUUUAUGAAUUUACAGGAACUCCUUAGAAAUCGCAUUGAUGACGAUUCAGAUAGCUCAAGUAGUCGAGAUUCAUUUCCUUCUCCACCAUUUUCAGUUAGUGAUCCUGAAAUUAUUCAAAUAAGUCCACAAUCUGAUGUGUCAAUACCUCGUGUUAAUAGUAAUGAUCGAGAAACGGCGACUGAACCUCUACGAGUUGAUAUUUCUGACGACUCUGACUGAAUUGACAGCGCUUAACUUUACAUUUACUAUUUCAUUAACUAAGUUCUUUUCUAAUAAUGUUGAUAGAUAAAUAAGAAAAUUGUAAGAAUGAGAUAUCAUAUUUUUUAUAUUCCAAGAAGAAAAAAAAAAGAAAGAUACAAAGAGUUACGACAAAAGUCAUAUAGGAUAUAAUUAAUAAAUUUUUUUGAAGAUCGAGAAAUUUGAUUUAAUUGUUUAAAAAAAUAUUUCUUAAGAUUGUUCAUUUGAGAUUUACUUUU